GUCGACCAUACGAUGCUUCUGGGUUUAGUCCGGCCUGUCACUGGAUUUGGAAUGCUCCUUCGGAUUCUUGAUCUGAGGCUAGCUGGUGUCCUUUUUUCGUAGCUGUUCCCACUAUCGAGGCUGCAAGAAAAGGGCCGUGAACGCCAACGUUUGGGUUUUCUCGUGUCUUUUAUCCUAUGUCUCUGUCGCCUGUAAUCUGUAAUAAUCUGUAACCUAUUUUUCCUUAUUUCUUUUCGACUACCUAGUAUCUUACAUGCUCGUCACCAAAUCUCACCAUGUCGGAUAUCGCGGGGUCAACAAUCGCUCACACGCGCACGAAAGAAGAUGGCGAUCAGCUUCGUUCUGAGGCGCUGGCUGCCGACUCGAAACAGCUACCGGCAGGAUACUACUCUAGCACUCGAGUCAUUGGCACGUUUGGUGGUAUAGGAUUCAGUCUGUUAGGCACAUACUGGGCCUUCUCAGUCGGCGCCGCUGUGAUCACCGCCAUCAACCGGGAUAUUGGCCCAAGCGCAAAUGCAAGUCUGUUCUCUAUCGUCUGGACCGUUUGCGACUGCAUCAGCAUUCUGCUCUUUGGCCGACUAUCGGAUCGGUUCGGUCGCCGAUGGUUGGCUAUCGGCGCUAACCUCCUGGGAAUAGUCGGCGGGAUCGUCGCGUGCACGGCGAAGAACAUGGACGUCUUGAUAGGUGCCAAUGUCUUGCUCGGACUCGCCUCAGGCCCGCCGGCCUCUUACCCUCUACUCACCGGUGAACUCGCGACCAACAAGACGAAGUACCUAGCUACUGUCUUGGUCGUCAUUCCCAAUGUCAUCGCCACCGGAUUCGGCGCCUACCUUGGCCAGAGGAUUGUACUCCAGACAACUUGGAGAUGGAUCUUCAUCAUCUACAUCAUCUUCAUGAUUCCCGGAACGAUCUUAUUCUACUUCUUCUACUUCCCCCCGUCCUUCACCCAAAUGCACGGAAAAGAAAGCAAGACAAUCGACGAGAUCAAGAAGAUAGACUUUCUUGGAGUAUUCUUGCUCGUCGCCGGCCUGGCACUGUUUCUACUUGGUGUUUCUUGGGGCGGUCAGCCAUUGGCCUGGGAUUCCGCCACGAUUCUCGGUCUUCUCAUUUCAGGAUUCGUAUGUCUUGUCGCUUUCAUCCUGUAUGAAAUCUUCGGCGGGGCAGAGCGCCCCAUCAUCCCGAUGCACUUCUUCAAGGACCUGACUGGUUUUACCCCUAUCGUGGUCAUCUCGGCCGUCACCGGUUGCCUCAACGUCGCUCUACAAAUCACCUGGCCUUCGCAAGUCACGAGAGUUUUCGGUAACAGCGAUUGGGAGACAACAGCUUGGCUUACUACAACGGUCGCGUUUGGAGCUUGGGCUGGUAUUGUUUUUGUCGGUUCUCUGUUCCAUAUCAUCAAGCAUAUUCGCUGGCAGCUCAUUAUCGGAUGUGCUUGGAUGUCCGCGUUUAUUGGAGCCAUGGCCUCGAUCCAGACAGAUCAACAGGGACGGGCUGCUGCUUUUUCGUUCCUAGCUACUAUUCCCGUAGGAUGGGGUGAAGUUGUCACUAUGCUUAUGGUCCAAUACGUCGCAUCUGAUAUGGACCUUGGUGUCGCCUUUGCUGUCGUUUCUGCGAUGCGUAGUGUUGUUGGCUCCAUUUUUACUGCAGUCUUUACAGCUGAGAUAGCAAACAAGCUCCCCGAGAAAUUGACGUCGAUCGUUGUCCCUGCCGUUACCGCAGCCGGUUUACCUUCAUCAUCUGUAACGGCCCUUCUUUCGGCUGUCUCUGUCGGAACCGAAGAUGCUCUCCGAGCUGUACCCGGAAUGAACGACGACAUCCUCACAGUAGCAUCUCAAAGUAUUGCUCAGGCCUACGCUGGCGCCUACACAUACCCUUACUACACCGGUCUGGCCUUGGGUCUUGUUUCUCUCAUUGCAGCUCUCUGCAUCCGCGACUUCGACAGCCACUUAACAGACCACGUCAGCCGACAACUCUACCACAAGAGCGAUACGGACAAGGACGUCUUGUCAUUGGUCGACCGUUCCCCCACGCAGGACGGAGAGGCAGUUACCGAGACAAAGCAAAUUACAAAAACCUCUGAAGGAGAGGCUUAAGCGGAAAAGCCUAGAAAGCUAACUUCUUGCAGUACUCCUUGUAAAAAGCCGGAGUUAUGUACAUGUAAUUUUGCACAUAGAUCUCUUUGCGUCGUCAAAACUUUGUAUCUAGACCUUACAGCUUAGACUGCACCAUAUUAGAAGAGAAAAAAAACUGUCAUUAAAC